AUGUCCACAAAAUUCGAUUCUGAAAAGAUAGAUAUAACAUACGGGCGUCUGUUCCAGCUGAAAAAGGACUUCCACGACUUAGAACACUCCUUUGAGAAUAUAACCAAAUUUGGGUUAAAUCUAGCUGAUAUCAAACAACUGAACCAGUCCGAAGACGUACCAGAAGAAAUCAAAGAAGUUACCAAUCAUCCUUCAAUAAUGGCUGCUGCGAAUUUGAAGACUGCUUAUCAAAGGGGUUCUUUGAACAAUAUGGCGGGAUUACUCAAUCCUUCAACUGCCAUCGAAACCAAAAAAUCCAACAGCUCUUCAUCAUCAACAUCAUCAUCAAAACUUGACAAAUAUACCAUUGACCCAAAGGGCUUACCUCAAUUACCAAAUAUCGAAAAUAGACGUAUUUAUCAAACUGUCUUUAUUCAUAGCUCUGCGGCCAAUAGUACCAAAUACGAUGUUCAUGAAAGUUAUGAAAGAUUGGAAUUUUUAGGAGAUUCAGUUUUGAACAAUGUCAUUAGUGUUUUGCUAUUUACAAAAUUCCCAGAAUAUCAAGAAGGUUUACUCACUGAACUCAGAUCUAUAAUUGUUUGCAAUAAAAAUUUGACACAAUGGUCACUUGCUUAUGGUUUUGAUAGAAAUCUAGUUUCAAAUUUAAAUCUUUUGGAACAAAACAUGGCACACAAGAAAUUAUAUGGUGAUAUAUUCGAAGCUUAUGUUGGUGGGUUAUAUUUGGACUCCAACAGAGAAUUGCACAAGAUCACACCAUGGCUAACACGUUUGGCUUCACCAAUCAUUGAAAAAUUUGCAUCAUUAAAUCCUGUGGAGCAGGUGCCUACUUUUAUCCCUAACAUCACAUCUGAAUCAAACCCUGUUCAACAGGACCUUACAAAAUAUGAUAUAAGCGCAGAAGUUCUGUCUGCAAAAGUGAAACAUUGCAAAGAAGAUUUGUAUGUUCUACUCAACCCUAUGUUUGUUCCAUCUUAUGAAUUAUUGGAAAAACUAGAUGCUGAGCAUAAGCCAACAUUUAGAGUUGCAUGUGUUGUUAAUGGUGAAGUAUUGGGAGUUGCUAUUGCUGGUAAUAAAAAAGAUGCAGGGUCAAAAGCUGCUUAUGAUGCGUUAACAAAUAACAAACAAAAAGUUGAUAAAUAUGCUGCUUACAAGACUUUGGCAAAAAGAGGAGGCCCAACCCCAUUAGUUGUUACAACACCUAUAGAGAUCCAAAUUGCACAAGGUAUAUAUGACACUAAUCCUAUGCCUUAUUGA